CUCUCCUCCAAUCGUGACAGCGCACAAAUCAGGAGUCGAAACUCUCGGGACGGUGGGAAUGAUAGAUGCUAAUAGUUUUUUGUAGCCCACUGAGCCGUGCGAGCCCCUCUCAGGCGUACCCUGACGACAGCGUCGAGUGGCAUUAUAGUUCGAGAGCCUGCGGACCAGGAUAUUUCCAAACUCCCGGGCCCAGACGGACUAACUCACCAGGUUGCUCUAGCACCGCCUCAUACGAACGUGGCCAAGCAGCCUGACGAAUUUAGGAGCUGAGCAGCAUUACCCAGGUAGCCUGCCAGUUGUCGUCU